AUGACGUUGAGUCAAAUUAAAAAAUUUGAAAAUCUCAACGACAUUACCAUCACCAUUUACGCCAUCGAGGAAGGCAUCGUACCAAUACGACUCGCUGACCAAAAGAGGAGCAAGCAUGUAAACCUCUUGUACGUUGAGGAUGACAUCGCGGGUCACUUUGUGCUGAUUAAAGACCUGUCACGUCUAGUAAGCUCGCAAAUUAGCAAAAAGAAGAACAAGAAAUACUUCUGUGAUAGAUGUCUCCACUAUUUUAGCUCGAGCGCUAAAUUGGAGCUCCACAGCGUCGACUGCGGAAAGCUCAACGAUUGUGCAAUAAGGUUACCGAGCGAGGACGACAAGUGGCUCGAGUUUAAGAAACAUUGCAGAAAGGAGCGUGUCCCGUUCGUGGUCUAUGCAGACUUGGAGUGCGCAUUGGAAAAGAUGGAUAAAGAACCAGCAUCAUCCACGUACACGUACCAACAUCACAACGUCUUCAGUAUCGGGUAUUACGUGCACUGUUCUUAUGACGAUUCACUAUCAGGCUAUCGUUUUCGCCGCGAUAAUAACUGCAUAUCGUGGUUCGCAGAUGAAGUGAAAAAUUUAGCACAUAGUGUGCAAUCUGUAAUUUCGACCAAUGUUCCCAUGGAUUUCACGCAAGAUGACUGGCGAAAAUUCAACAACGCCACGCACUGUCAUGUAUGCGAGAAACCGUUUGCGAAAGACGAUACGCGAGCACGCGAUCACUGCCAUCUCACCGGGCGAUACAGAGGUCCCGCGCAAUCAAAUUGUAAUUUAAAUUAUAAAGAUUCGCGAUGCAUACCCGUAGUCUUUCAUAAUUUAACCGGUUACGACGCUCAUUUCAUUAUAAAGGAAAUUGCUACUGCCUAUGUAGGACACGUUGAUCUUUUACCGAUAACUAAAGAAAAAUAUAUCUCUUUUACUAAACAUGUUGAUGAUACUAUAGAUGAUAAAAAAAAUUGUAUACAACUUCGUUUCAUCGAUUCAUAUAGAUUUCUCGCUUCUAGUUUAGACAAAUUAUCAUCUUUUCUCAGCAAAGAUAAGCUGCGAGUACUGCGACGCGAAUUUUCUCAUUUAUGGGAAGAAAAUUUUAAUCUUUUAACUCGAAAAGGUAUCUUUCCGUACGAGUACAUUGAUUGCAGUGAAAAAUUGAAUGAAUCAUCCUUGCCGCCUCGCGAGUCAUUCUAUAGUUCAUUGAAAGACGGCACGGUAUCCGAGAGCGAUUACGCGCACGCUGUCAACGUGUGGCAGCGGUUCUCCAUCCAAACGCUCGGUGAAUAUAGCGACCUGUAUCUAAAAACGGAUGUAUUGUUGUUGGCCGACGUCUUUGAAAAUUUCCGCGACAGUUGCGUCGCGAGUUACGGGCUCGACGCCGCAUACUAUUAUACGUUGCCUGGCUUCACAUGGGAUGCCAUUGAAGCAUACAGGUGUAAAAUUUGA